UGGAUUUGUGGUGACAUCAUAAACUCGGGAAUACGGGACUAACGGCGACAGCGAGGAUUUAUAUUUACAAACUUUUUUUAACAACACAUUUCUACUCUAAUAACUAAGUGGAAUCCUUUACACAAGCCUCGGUGUUUACGAGGUGUUAUACGUGUUCUUUAAACUGGGUCAGCGAAUGGACCAGCACCCCAGCACCAGGAGCUGCAGCAGCCGGGGAGCCACCGCCUGUGAGGCCAUCCCAAACGAGCCGCCCAUGAAUUUGUACAUCCACACCACUACCGGGACCCGCUUCGAACUGACCGUCCCUUUAGAGGAGACGGUAGAAGGACUCAACAAGCGAUUAUCGCAGAGAUUCAAAGUCCCGAAAGAAAGACUCGCACUCCUGCACAAAGAAACGCGGCUGAGUUCAGGAAAGCUUCAAGACUUUGGCAUAACGGAUGGUAGCAAGUUAACACUCGUCCCAACAGUGGAAGCGGGCCUCAUGUCCCAAGCAUCAAGACCCGAACAGUCCGUGAUGCAGGCGCUGGAAAGCUUAACAGAAACUCAGGUCAGUGACUUCCUGUCGGGACGGUCGCCCCUGACCCUGGCUCUGCGCGUGGGCGAUCACAUGAUGUUCGUGCAGCUGCAGCUGGCUGCGCAGCAGUCCGGGGCUCAGCAGCAAGUGCAGCAUCGCCACGUCAUCGCGAGGGAGAGUGGAGUAUCCACGUCAGGGCCCAGCAGCGGGCAGCACCCCAGGACCGGGCAUCACCCCCACCACUCGCACCCUCACCCACACCCUGCCCCCUCUACUGCAACUGCAGCCCCAGCCAGCGCCAGACAGACGGUGGCCCCCAGCUCUGCUCCAGCCGCGGCCCCCCUCUACUGCCCCCCCGCCCGGCCCUCCCCGCUUUCUGCGGGCAUGUUCCGGUCACAGAACACGGGCGAGACCCCCGCCUGUGCCACGGCAGCCAGCCCCUGCCCAGAGACGACUGCGCGAAGCAGCAAACAAAAAACCAAGGCUGAGUCCUCCAGAAGCACCAGUAGCACUACCAGCCCGGGGCGGUCCCGCAAACCUGGCGCCAUCAUCGAGAGCUUCGUCAACCACGCUCCAGGGGUCUUCUCAGGAACUUUCUCAGGCACUUUGCACCCCAACUGUCAGGACAGCACCGGUCGGCCACGGCGAGACAUUGGCACCAUCCUGCAGAUCCUCAACGACCUCCUGAGCGCCACUCGGCACUACCAGGGCGUGCCCCCCUCUCUCACCCAGCUCCGCUGCCAGACCCAGUGCAGCCCUGCCUCGCCUGCGCCCUCCCCCCCUCCCUCUCCCCCUGCCACCGGGGGAGCCAGCCUCUCCGCAAGCCUCUCUGCCAAAGCUACCUCAGUGCCCAGCGCCAGCAAGCCCAGCCUGCACCCCUUGCAGUGCCAGAACCAGAUCCGCAUGUGCAAGCCCAGCGGCGACCGCUUGCGUCAGACAGAGAACCGCGCCACGCGCUGCAAGGUGGAGCGACUGCAGCUGCUGAUGCAGCAGAAGCGCCUGCGCAGGAAGGCUCGGCGUGACUCCCGCGGCCCCUACCACUGGCUGCCCAACCGAAAGUCGAGCCGCAGCUACAGCAACAGCAGCGUGUCCAGCGAGGGCAGCGUGGACAUGGACUUCGAG